AUGGCGACUCCUCAAAUGGACUAUUCGAAGUGGACGCAGGAGAAUUUGAUCAAGCGUGUCACUGAGCUAGAGCAGCAGUUGCGCGUCCAGGCAAUCAAAAUCGAGAAAUCAGCCCUCCCGGCCCCUCCGCCGCGAAAGAAAGCUCGCGCGCAUCGUGAAUUCGACCCUUCGAAAUACUCGACCCGUCUUAUUGCGCUCAAGUUUGCAUACCUUGGGCAGCGGUAUAAUGGAUUUGAACACCACGCGAACAAUGAUACUCCUCUUCCGACUAUUGAAGAAGAGCUGUGGAAAGCAUUGACCAAGGCGCGUCUGAUUUUUCCCACGAACACAUCUUCUACGAAGCCAGGCGAGGUCAGCUGGGAGGGAUGCGAGUAUUCAAAAUGCGGUAGAACAGACAAAGGCGUCAGUGCUUUUGGUCAGGUCAUUGGUAUCAGAGUCAGGAGUAACCGCCCAUUGAGCCGGCCGAAACCAACAGAGGACGAGCCGAUGCAGGACGCCGAAGGAUCAACAACCACGGAGGAGCCUGCCAAGGACGACACGCCUCCUUUUGACCCGAUUAAUGAUGAGCUUCCCUACGCUCAAGUCUUGAACCGCCUCCUCCCGGAAGAUAUCCGUAUCUUGGCAUGGUGUCCGUCGCCUCCGCCUGACUUCUCUGCCCGGUUUAGCUGCAGAGAACGCCGGUAUAGAUAUUUCUUCACUCAGCCGGCUUUCUCCCCCAUCCCUGGCGCUAAUGGUGUGUCUACUACGAGCGAUAGAACACCCCGCCGGGACGGCUGGUUAGACAUUGAAGCAAUGCGCGAAGGGGCUCGUCACUUUAUGGGGCUUCAUGAUUUUAGAAAUUUCUGCAAGGUGGAUCCCAGCAAGCAAAUCACCAAUUUUCAGAGGCGCAUCGCCUUUGCCGAUAUUGAGGAAAUCAACCCGGCCAAUGGACCUGUCGGAUACGUAGGCCAUCCUGCAUUUGGGCCUUCGAACAGUGCCAGUCAGAAUUUUCAGACUUCGACUGAGUCGAGUGCCUCCUCGUCUGUCUCAACACCGCGUGUGUAUACAUUUACUAUUCACGGUUCUGCUUUCUUAUGGCAUCAGGUCCGCCACAUGACUGCUAUUCUAUUUCUCAUUGGACAAGGUCUCGAAUCUCCGUCGAUCAUUCCGAAGCUGCUUGAUAUCGAGCAGACUCCCACCAAGCCAAUGUAUGAAAUGGCUUCCGAUGCCCCUCUCGUGCUUUGGGACUGCGUGUUCCCAGAGGCGGACGGUGAAGGGGAUUCGCAGACCCCAAGCCAUAAUGGCGCUCAAGAUGCGCUCACGUGGAUUUACACUGGCGACACGCGCGGCACUGAGAACGGCAAAUCACUAGGCCCGAAUCGUUCCAGUGAUGGAAAGUUCGGUCUCGGAGGUGUUGUUGAUGAUAUGUGGCGAGUAUGGCGCCGCCGAAAGAUUGAUGAGGUGCUUGCUGGCACCCUGCUAGACGUGAUGGUCACUCAGGGGAAUACGGGCAUCAACAGACAGGUUGGUGAUGAGACGGUUUCCAGCACUUCCGCUGCCGUUGCAAGCAACAAGCCUAAGAGCCAGAGAGUGUUCGAUGGCGGCAAUUCCGCCGUGCUAAAAGGCGUAUAUGUUCCUGUUAUGCAAAAGCCUCGUCAGGAGCCAGUGGAUGUCAUCAAUGCAAGGUAUGCAGCUCGCAAAGGGCUCAAUACAAGUAUCAAGGAGCAAUUGCGCUCAGAGGCGGAAGACGACGUCAACGAGUAG